GCGAGGCCGCGCAAGUGGCUGGACUGGAGCCUGGAGGCGCCCCCAAGGGCCAUCUCCUCUCCGGCCUCCCCACCUCUGCCGAGACCCGUUCCCGCUGAGGAGCCAGCCACGCCCACGCCACAGACAAGAGAAUAGAAGCAGAGGUGUGGGGAGGAGAGGCAGCCGCAGCCGCAGGGAAGAAGAGAAAGCCAAGAGCGGCGGCGGCCCCAUGCGUGCGAUGUUGGCCAGGUCGCCGGCGCUGCCCGUCCCCUACCUGACGGCCACUGAAACUGCCGCCGCCUCCUCGGCCUUCUUCCAACCCUGCCAUCUCUCCACUUCUCCAAGUGUCACCUUCUCCAAGAAGAAACAUGGAACAAGGUUAACUGUCCAGCCAAACACUCAGCAUGGAAAGGCUAAAGGUGCAAGUGGGAUUCAAGGAAAAUGGCGUACACUGUCGUCUGACCCAGCUCAAGCCGCCGCUGUCGUGGACGCCGGUGACAGCAAAACAUGGGAAGAGUGCAAGCAGAUACUCACCUCGUUAAAUUUCUCCGCCGAAGACGCCGAGAAGAUGCUGAAGAAGGCGUUCGGAUGGCUCCAUUCGCCGUACUGGACCGAGGAGAGAAAGAAGGAGGUUCCGAGCGCCGAGGUGGUAAGCGGAGUGCUGGACUACGUCAGGGGCCUUGGGCUCUCUGAUGACGACCUUUACAAGCUGCUCAAGAAAUUCCCAGAGGUUCUUGGGUGCGAUCUUGAGAGCGAGGUGAAGCUGAAUGUCGGCAAGCUGGACAGCGACUGGGGGAUCAACGGGAAGACUCUCCGGAGCGUUCUCUUGCGGAAUCCCAAGGUCUUGGGCUACAAUGUUGAUUGCCGAGGGGACUGCGCCGCGGAGUGCACCCGCUGCUGGGUUAGGUUUUAGUGUGCUGUUCUGAAUUAUUACUGCGAACACCUUCAGAAGUUCAGCCGAUACUCUGUUUUUGCAUCGGUUGUUCAAACCGAGCAGAUUUGUACAGAUGGAUGUACUCCCUGCAGGCAGGUUUAUAUAUAAAGCUCAUUGACCAGGUUUAUAUAUAAAGCUCA